AUAUUUCAAUGCCGCAACUGUACUGUGCAGUGUGCUGUCUGCUGGCCGAAAUCGUAAGUACCCUACCCCGCAGUACGUAAAUCGUUAUCAAUAUCCGUUUCCGUCGAUUUCUUGGUGGCAGCAGAACGCUAAGCAAAUAGUCAGUGAGCAACGACGUUCAUACAACUACGUAGUCGUCGUUAUUAUUAAUUAUCAUCGUUACUUCUAAACGGCGCACAGCAGAGUACACGGCACUGUGUAUUUUCAACGGCAGAAGCGCUUGUACGGGCGAUAACGAUCAAGGGACCACCGCGGACAGACGUGUGACCGCGCGCGCCCCACAGUGUCAGGCAAUCCGCCCGCGCCCCGCAGUCGACCGUCGGCGGCAGCCAGUGUCCGAUCUGCUCGCUUGCGAUCACGACGACGUUGUGUUUAUACGCGCGCGCGUAUGUGUGUGUGUAGAAUAAUGCUCGCGGACGACCUAGUUUUCUGUAACGCUGUCGUCGGUUGAACGUCCCCCGCUUGUCGGUGCCCUUUUCGACCAUCGUAGCGGAUUACGGUUGCAACCGAAAAAACCGUCAAUUAAUAUUAUAUACUUUAUUGUUUUCGGGUCACCGUCGUCGGACGGCCGUGGGCGAGUAACAAAACAAUAAAGCGAAAACGGAAAAGAGACAAAAAUUAAACGGUCAUGUCCGAUGACCACGGCUGCUGCUCAGGCGACGACGACGACGGCCGCGAGGACAACUGCAGUUAUUAUGGUACAGCGGCCGCCGCCGUCGUGAUAAUGAAUGCGCCGAAGCCUGCCAAGUGAUAAUGGUUGCGAUCAAGUCUAGGCUGCCGAUCGAGCUGGCCUAGGUUGUAUGUAUGAAGUGGUGAUCUUUUCGCCGUAGUACGUUUUAUUAUUUAUUUGAAAUAGUGUGAAGUAAUUUUGCGUUGUUCUUUUAAUUGUCGCCAAAACGUUUACCUAAAAUCGUUUAAAAACGCAAAUCGUGUAAGCACCUCUUCGUGCACCAUGGCUGAUUUAGAGGCCGUGUUGGCCGACGUCAGCUACCUGAUGGCCAUGGAGAAGAGCAAGUGCACGCCGGCAGCCAGAGCCAGUAAAAAAAUUGUGCUGCCAGAUCCCAGUGUUCGAAGUGUAAUGCACAAAUAUCUUGAAAAAAAAGAAGAGGUGAAUUUUGAUAAAAUUUUCAAUCAAGUUUUAGGUUAUUUGCUGUUCAAAGAUUUUUGUGAGCAUUUACCAGAAGAUGAGCAAAUACCAGAAAUAAAUUUUUAUGAUGAGAUUAAAAGGUAUGAAAAGUUAGAAUCUGUAGAUGAAAGGCGAAAAUUAGCAAGAGACAUCUAUGACAAUUACAUAAUGAAAGAACUUUUGUCACAUACACAUAAUUAUCCUAAAGAUGCAGUCGCCCAUGUUCAAAAAUAUUUAAUGAAGAAUGAAGUGCCUGUUAACUUAUUCGAACCUUACAUAAAAGUAAUUUUUAAUCACCUUCGAGAAGAACCUUUUAAAAAAUUUUUAGAAAGUGAUAAAUAUACAAGGUUUUGCCAGUGGAAAAAUCUAGAGCUUAAUAUUUCUCUUACAAUGAAUGAUUUUAGUGUACAUCGUAUAAUUGGUAGGGGUGGUUUUGGAGAAGUGUAUGGCUGUCGAAAAGCAGAUACUGGCAAAAUGUAUGCAAUGAAAUGUCUUGAUAAAAAAAGAAUAAAAAUGAAACAGGGAGAAACACUUGCCUUAAAUGAACGUAUUAUGUUAUCUCUAGUCAGUACUGGGGUUGAUUGUCCUUUUAUUGUUUGCAUGACUUAUGCGUUUCAUACGCCAGAUAAACUUUGUUUCAUAUUAGACCUGAUGCAUGGUGGGGAUCUACAUUAUCAUUUAGCACAACAUGGAGUUUUUAAUGAACUCGACAUGAAAUUUUAUGCUGCAGAAGUAAUAUUAGGUUUAGAGCACAUGCACCGAAGGUUUAUUGUGUACAGAGAUCUGAAACCUGCUAACAUAUUAUUAGAUGAAUAUGGUCAUGUUCGAAUAUCAGACUUGGGUUUAGCAUGUGAUUUUUCUAAGAAAAAACCUCAUGCUAGCGUAGGAACUCAUGGGUAUAUGGCUCCUGAAGUAUUGUCUAAAGGCACAUCUUAUGACUCAAGUGCAGAUUGGUUUUCUUUUGGUUGUAUGCUGUAUAAACUACUAAAAGGACAUAGCCCUUUUCGGCAGCACAAAACUAAAGAUAAACAUGAAAUAGAUCGCAUGACUCUAACAAUGUUUAUGUUACAGAAUGUGGAACUUCCAGAUUCAUUUUCUAAGAGCUUAAGAGAUCUAUUAGAAGGUCUUUUACAACGUGAUAUUAAUGAAAGAAUUGGAUGUCGAGGAAGGGGGUCAGAUGAACUUAAGGAACAUGCAUUCUUUGCUGGUCUAGACUGGCAACAAGUUUAUUUGCAAAAAUAUACUCCACCUCUUAUCCCUCCUAGAGGAGAAGUCAAUGCUGCUGACGCUUUUGAUAUUGGCUCAUUUGAUGAAGAGGACACUAAAGGCAUUAAAUUAACUGAUGCCGAUCAAGAACUUUAUAAGAAUUUUUCAAUCACUAUAUCUGAAAGGUGGCAAAAUGAAGUAGCAGAAACUGUUUUUGAAACUGUCAACACAGAAGCUGACAAAGCUGAUCAAAAAAGAAAGUCUCGACAAAAAAAAUUCAAUGAGCACAAUGAAGAAGAGUCUGACUGUAUACUUCAUGGAUAUAUAAAGAAACUUGGUGGACCUUUUGCUUCCGCGUGGCAAACAAGAUAUGCUAAGCUUUACCCUAAUCGGUUAGAGUUGCAUUCUGAUUCAGGUUCAGUUAAAACAGAAGUAAUCACAUUAGAUCAAGUAUUAGAAGUUAGCCCAGAGUUGGUUAUUGUUAAAAAUGAACAGUGUAUUGUUCUCCGCAUGAAAGAUGGUAAAGAUGGCAAACUAGUUCUUACCAAUAGUGAUGAAAUAGGUCUAAAGGAAUGGGCACUUUCACUGAGGUCUACUCAUAAAUCUACUCAUGAUCUGAUAAAAAAAUUGAAGAAGCCGUUUGGUAAAAUGUUUAUCCAAGAAGAAGCAGAUCCUUUAACGUCCACUACAAAUACCAAUGGCAAUUAGUUGUAUUCUCAGAUAAAAAAAUCUCUUCAUUAAUGAAUCUCAUGUGGUUUAUUUCAUUAUAAUAACUGUAUUUUAUCAUUUUUCUCUCCUUCCCCUUCGUUAUACUACAUUUCUAGAUUUUGCUUGGAUUGGUUUUUAAAACUAGUGCGACACUACCUGAUAAGACUGGUGUUUGUAAACAGAACAGUAAUUUAGACAAGUUUAAAUAAAAAAUUUAAAACACUAUUUUUUUAUACAUUUUAUAAUUUUUUAGUACUUUUUAUUCUAUACAGACAUUAAUAAAAUAAAUGUACACUUUAAUUUAAUAAAUAGAAUAAAUAGGCUCAGCUCUAUCCAUUAUUUUAUUUCCUAUAUAUACAAUAUUAUGCAUACAUUUUUUUCUGAUAAAAAUGAAUGCCUUUAAAGUAGUUUGAGAAUUGGAUGAGCUUUUUAAAUACACUGGACCUUUCCAACUAUUUUCAAAGUUCAAAAACUCACUUAUAAUUUUAGAGCUAGAUCUAUCUGAUAAUUCUGAUAAUAGCCUAUGUGUUAUGUAUGUUAGUUUUAAAAACUAAUAUUAAUUAUUUAUUUUUUUAAUAUAUUUUACGGAUUUUUAUAUUGCUAAUGUCUGUCUGUUCUUGCUAGUUUGGCUAAAGGUUAAGUAUAAUUUAGUCUACAAUUUAAGUACCGGUCAACUAUGUUUAAUUUUUAAGCAAAAGUGGUACUUUUUUUCAACAAUAAUUAGAAUAUUAUUUUAAUUUAUUGUUUUAUAAUUGAUGAAUAAACAAGAAAAUUUAUCAAGGGGACGAAAAUAACAUUUUUUUUUAUUUAGUAAUUUUAUAAAUUUUUCUUAAGAAUCUGAUAAGAAAGUGUUCAUAUAUUGUUUACUUGACUUCACAAUUUUAUAACAAAAUUGUUUUGUAAUAUUAAUUGUAUAUUUUCUUUAAAAUGCAAAUUUCUUAAAAUAUGUGUUAUCAUUUAUGAAUUUUGGUUAUGAGUAUUAUACCUACUUAGCUGUAUUUAAAUGUUAUUAUACAUCAAUAAAAAUGAAUCACAAAUAAUUUAAUUUAUUACAUGUUCUAUAUGUUAGUUAUGUAUAAGUAUAAUUUUGCACUACCCAAUAGUUUGGAAUAACUAAAUUGGAUUUGUUAUAAAUUCCACCUACAUGAUGCUCGGUUGAAAUCGUUAUAUAGUAUUUUUUUUUUUAAGACUGAUAAUUUCAAUGUAUUAAAUUUUAAAAUGCUAUGCAAUUUAUUUUCAUUAAUGUUUUUGAUCUCUAUCAAUAUAUAGAACUAUAAAAUACAUUAAGGACUUAACAGUAGUACAAAAUUAUUACUAAAACAUAGGGUUUAGAGUCUACUAUGAAAUAAACAUUUAAUUAGUCUAAUUUACAAACAAUUUAAUAACUUAUUGUAAAAUGUCUGUUCUCCCAUGUUUUUUUUUAAUGUCGACAAUCAAAACAAUUAUAUCGUGGCCAGCGAAAUUUGUAAAUAAGUAUAACAAAAGUAUGUAACUAAAAAAUGUAUAUAUUAUGUUAUAUCCUAGUCUAGAAUAAUAGGUAAUUCCAAUUAUCAAUUUCAUGAAUGAUUAAAAUUAAAUAAAUAUUUUAGUAAAUAACACAAAAUUACAUAACAUAUAUUUUUAUGCUUAAGUAGGGUUAACUAAUGUGAUAAGUUAAAAUGCUUUUUUUAAAAAUAUACCUACCAUAUAUUGUGCAAUCAUUUUUUUCUUAUGACUUUUAAACAUUUAAUUUAAUUAGUUCGUUUUGUUCACUUUUUUAUUGCAAUUUUGUAUAUAACAUACAUGUAAGUAGCUGACACAAUCUGUAAAUGUAUUCAAACCUUUACAGCAAAUGAAAUCUACAUAUGCAUAAAAUUGUAUGAUCAUUGUUAAAAAAGUGUAGUAAUAUUUUUUAAUUAAUAGUAAAUUGGAAAUGAAAGUAGAGGAAUGUAUAUAAUAUUAUUAUUAACAUGAUUUUAUUACUUCAAAUUAUCUAAGUAAAUGACUAAUGUAAUGUAAGUCUAUUCUAAAUGUGAUUCAGAACUGAUUGGUUCUGUAUAUUAUAUCUCUUAAAUAAAAUAUAAAUCAACCUUGCGCCAGGGGUUAAUAGUGUAUUUUGUCUAUUCCACAUCUGUUUCGUGAUUAAUGUCUAAGUCUUCUACCAAUCUUUUACUUUUAUGUUAUUGUUAUUUUAAAGAAAGUAUUAUUUCUAUUGUUGUAAUUCAUUCAACAUUUUUAUAUAUUUUGUUACUUUAUUUAUUGUAUUAUUAUUAUACUUAUUGUACAUUUUUUGUUACAGUAUAGCAUUUAUUAUUUUAACCUAGUCUUUAAAUCUGUGAACAUAGUAGUUUCAGUUUAACAAUGCACCCCAUACGUUUAUAUACAUGUAACACCUUGUAUAUCUUACAUAACCAAAUAUUGUAAUUUUUAAAUAUACAUAUUAGGUGAUUGCUUUUAUAUCAGGUAUAUAAGAAUUGUAUAAAAAUAUAGUUUAGAAUAAAGUAAUACAUUUCU